AAUUAAUAGGUACUGAAGUGUAUAAAAAUGGGUCGUGAACAAUCUUUUGCUGAUUAUUAACGCGGCUGUGGUAUCAGAUGUUACAAUAUCGCUCGACAAGACACAUUGUUUCUUUUCUACAAUGAUAAUUCUAAGUGUUACCUUCAUACUAUUAUGUGAAGUACUAAAAACCACAAAUGGAAAAGAAUGUACUAUUAUUAAACAAAACUCUGGUGAAAUUGUUAAUAGUGUAUUUGAAAAUAUAAAAGGUUUAGCUGACAAAUUAACACUGGACGAAUUUUUUAACAUCACCGAACUUGAUUCCGUUUACAGUGCGUACAAGGCAACUGAAUAUAACGAAGACGAAGAUUUACAUAUAAUGCAGUUAUUAAAAAAAUACGGAUACCGUGCGGAACAGCAUGACGUCAUGACCAGCGACGGGUACGUACUGACCAUGUAUCGGAUACCAAGCGACGGCCCCGUUGUCUUUUUAAUGCACGGAUUAUUCUGUAGUUCUGAUGACUUCGUAACUACUGGACCCGGUAUCGGACUUGCCUACCUCCUUGCCGAUGCUGGUUACGACGUGUGGUUGGGAAACGCUCGUGGUAAUGUACAUUCUAGACGUCACAUCAGCUUGUCGCCGUCCUGCGCAGAGUUCUGGGACUUCAGCUGGGACGAGAUUGGUCGUUACGAUCUACCAGCUAUGAUUGACUAUACUUUGGAGAAAACUAAUCAGAAACAACUGGUAUAUAUCGGACAUUCACAGGGAACGACAUCUUUCUUCGUGAUGUGUUCAGAGAGGCCGGAAUACAAUGAUAAAAUAAAACUAAUGGUAGCUCUAUCGGCGGUGUCGUAUCUAUCUCAUACCAAAAGUCCGAUUGUGAAAUUAAUUAGUUCGGUAUCUCCAGUUAUAUGGAAGGCCGCACAGGUGCUUGGCGUGUAUGAGUUUACACCAAGAAAUGCAAUAUUGGAAUUCCUUACGAGCGCCUUUUGUGGAACUCCUGCAACUGCAACAUUAGUGUGCGAUAAUUUAGUUUUCCUUAUGGCAGGCCCAGAUUUUGCACAGAUAAACGCAACAGCUUUGCCCGUAAUAUUCGGCCACGUACCUGCAGGUAUAGCGACGAAACAAUUAAUACAUUACGCGCAGCUGAUAGAUUCAGGAAAAUUCCGACGAUUCGAUUAUGGCUUGAAAAAUACUUUGAUAUACGGAUCUAUAACGCCUCCUGAUUAUCCUGUUGAAAAAAUUACAUCACCUGUAGUGGAAUUCUAUAGUGCUAACGAUUGGUUUGGUCAUAUUGAUGAUGUUAAACAACUUGUACAAAGAUUACCUAAUUUAUUGAAAUUUAAUACAGUUCCUUAUGAGAGUUUUUCCCAUAUGGACUAUUUAUAUGCUAAGGAUGUAAAAGAAUUGCUAUACACGAAUGUCAUGAAUUUAAUCGAGAAACAGUUAAAAGUAGCAACACCUACAGCGAAAGCGCACGACCGAAGUAGGACGUCGUCAGUAAAGCAACAGGCCGAUAGAAAAUCGCUUCUGCAUAAUAUAAAAAUUGGACUGCUGUAAAAACAGAAAUUUGAGAGUAACGCGUUUUAAGUAUCUGGUACAAAGAAACAUUUAAUAUGAUUGAAACAGUAUGAGGGACGUGCAUAUAAGGGCAUAUUACUUGCCAAGGAUAUAAACGAAUUACUACAAGUAAAUGUUCUAUCUAACCUAAUUGAUCAAUAUACUUAUAUAAAUGGUCCUUUUAAGAUUGAAAAGUCUGAAAAAUAUUUUUAUUUUUAUAUUAAAUAUCUUUAUUAACUUUUGUUAAAUAAAAUAUAUGGCGUUAGUUGGUUUAGUUCCUAAAUUGACAAAAUGUAAUAUUAGAUAUUUUUACAUUAAAGUGAGUUUCUUUUGGAAUUUACAUUAUUAUCAUAA